AUGACCGCGCUCAACACCUUGCCGGCCGAACUUCUCCUGGACAUUGGAGAACGUCUCGAUCGCAGAGACUUGGCCUCUCUGAUCCGUGUCUCCAGAUCUUGUCACGCUGUCUUGACUGACAAAUUAUACAAUGUCAGAGGCAAGCAAGAGGCUGUGCGUUGGGCCGCCGAUAAUGGCAGCUGCUUGGUCAUGAAAACCGCGCUAUCGCGAUCCCUCAAUGAGAAUGAAAAGUCCGAACUCGUCAGCAUACCCAUCCUUCGUCCGCUUGUGCCGCCAGACCGCCGCUGGCCGCUAAUGGCUACUCCGCUUGCUCGCGCAUCGUAUCAUGGUCAUCUUGAUGUUGUCACCUAUCUCUUGAAUGUUGGAGCACGCCAAGACAUAUCGUCGUACCGGCUCUGCAAGUGCAUUGACUUGCAAAGUAUCUUCGAGGGCUUCGAGGGCCACGAUUUUCCCAAUGUCCCGACUUGGUAUCCUCUUCACUACGCAAUAUGCAGUAAGAAUGAAGAGAUCGCGCUGCUCCUUAUCGACCGGGGUGCGCCCUUGGUGGUGUGUCAAGGUGGCCCCCAUAUCACUGCACUCCAAAGUGCCGCUGCGAACGGUUGUCUAAAGGUCGUACAGCGUCUCGCGAAACGAUACCGUGAGCUGAAUCAUGGUCCUUUGUUGACCCCCGGGCAGAGGGUAGAUGUAGGUCGUCCGCCGGCCCCCAAUGCAACCGAUGCUCGUCUCAACUCUGCGAUGCACUACCUCGCGCUGUGUCCGCGUCGUGAAUAUGUUCGCGAAAUCUGUCUCUACCUGAUGGACCUCGGGGUUCCGCUAGAUACUCCAUGGGGUAGUAUGGCCAUGUCGCCCCUUUUAAUGGCAUGCGCAUUGGGAAAUUUUACGGUAGCUAGUGAAUUUGUGCAAUUCGGAGCAAACCUUCAACGUCGGGAUCCGACAGAGCAGGAACGUCAACAACUUCUCCAAGAAGACGUGUUGCCCGAACACCGGCAAACAAACGCCUCAUACGUGUACACUGCCCUGGGAGCCACGUAUAGACGAGCUAAGCAGGCCGGCGUUGUGUGGCGUCCAGGCGGCAAGGCGCGCUGGGAAAUCGAACGGCAGAACUUUAUCAGAAUAUUCAUCCAGCACAAUGGCAAGGUUAACGAACCCGUCAGUCGAGCUGGUGACACCGCUUUGGCAAGAGCAGCCGAACGAGGGCUCGUGGCUGAGGUCCGAAUACUUAUCUCGGAGGGAGGCGCUGUUGUUGACAAGCCAGAUGCGUUUGGAAUGACACCGUUGUGCAAGGCUGCUCUACACGGUGGACUUGCUGCCGUUGAAACGCUCUUGGAAGCCGGGGCGGACCCAAACCUUCCCAGUCGAAUUGGUCAAAUCACGGCCCUGGAGAUGAUCAGUGGCAUGAUUGCGGUGCCAGAAAUCGAGCAAAUAAUCAUCUUGCUACUACGCUACGGUACACGUGUAGGAAGAUUAUCACCUCGAUCUCCCCAUCAGUAUGAACGAACUCACUUGAUCGGUUUGUUGAAGCGAGUUCUCGAUCGUAACAACCCUUCAGACUACUUGGCCGUGUCGACAAUUCUCGAAAACAGUACUGAAGCAAACAUAGCGCGUGGGUGUUGGCAAUACGCAGCCGAGGUUGCCCUUCGUCUCGAUAAGAAUGGGGAUUCCAAGAAGCCAGGACACAGACAAUUGUGCUUACUCCUAGGUACCUUUGGUUCCAACGUUGGCUAUGCCUUUGAUGAUUCCAGACUCUGCUCGAUUGUUAAGCAGCUCAUCAAGACAGGCCACCCGGAGAACAUGUCGUGUCUGUUUUACCUUGGAGGAAGGAAUAUGGAACUUCAACUGCGGGACUAUUUCCCAAGCGUGGUUAGGACACUCAGCGGCGUCUUCACUCGAGAAGCGAUGCUGGCCUUGGCCUUGACGCAUAGUAAAGAAUCAGCGUUGCCUUUGGUCUCUCAAUUGCUCGCUGACAACGAUAUCGACGUCACUGGGAGACUUCACUGUCUCAGCACCAAACCGACGCUACUUCAUCUGGCUUGUAGCAACGGCGACUGGGGAUCCGCAGGCCUGCUUAUCACCAGAGGUUGUUCCGCGAACGCUGUCAAUGGGUGUCUUUUAACGCCCUUGGCGGAGGCCGCAGCGGGCGGUUACAGGAAGCUGGUCGAAGCUCUGAUGGACUGUACAGCGGCUGAUCCACACGAGUCAUUCCGGAGUCCUUCAGACACCACCAGAGUAUUGCAAGAUCACUUGGCAGUUCAAGAAGACUUUCUUCGCCCGCCUCCCGGAGCCAAGCUCUCCCAAUUCGUCGUCCGUGAGCUCAUGAAGCUCCAGGGUGCACCUUUAGGGUUUACCGAUAGUGAUACCAGCAAUCAGCACUCAUUGGACCCAUCUCUUCCCAAAAGGGGGGCUCGGAACCGUUACACGCCACAUCUCUCUGGAUUCUCUGCUCUUGAAGCGGCCUGUCACGAGGGACACACCGGUGUCGUAAAAGCAAUUCUCAAACGUCACCCCCUUGCAAGACAUACCCAUCUCCAAGUCCAAAGGGGUUACAUGCUCGUAAAGCCGUCGUCCAGUCUUCUGACUGAUGCGAUCAUGAACGGACACUGGGACACAACGCACAUUUUACUCAACAACGGAGCAGAUCCCAACCAGGGCAUCCUCCGCGGCUGUCUCGACCUAACUCCCCUCCACAUCUGCGUGGAGGCACUUGUGCACACAGUCCGGUUGUACAACGCCGAAGCCGAGACCCUUGCUACCGAGCAGCCUAUACCCCCCGGCUCCGAGGCUCCGCCCCCGUUCCCACCGGAUAUGCAUCCCCAACUAUUGCCGUUCGUCAAGAGAAUUCAGAAAAUUGUUAGUGUCAUUGCGCACCUAAAGAACAGAGGUGCAAAGGAGGAAUCAGACAAUUCUGUAUUCAGGAUCGUUCACAAACUGGAGGGUGAACCGUUCUCGCAUAAUACAAUGGACUUGUUGAAGAGGUUUAUGAACAGAGAGGACCCAGAGUACAUGGGGGGAAGGUUCAUGGAGAGACAUGAGGUGGUGGUGACGAGGAAGUUUACGCUGGAUCCGGAGGGCAAGAAGAUUGUUCUGAGUGCUGAGGCAAACGACGAAUCGAAGAAUGAGGGUAAGGGUCUCCCGAAGAAGACAAAUUCAACCCCACAGUUAGAGACAUGGCAAUCCCUUGGGCUCUUUGGCUUUGAUACAAGCUCCCAUAUGGUUCAAGACGUGGUCGCCGGUCUAGCCCCAAGCACCUGGGCCAGCGCCCACGGAAGAGGAACUCCCAGUCCCGACACUCGCCCCCGCCGCACGUCAUUAAUAGCCCAACUCCAAAUGCGGCGCUCCUCGGGGGUCCUGGGCCUCGCCGGCAAAGCCCUCGCCAUCUGCCUUCUCCUCUUCUUCCUUUCGACGGGCGCCUACGGCGGCAUGAUCACCGGUUUCACCAAUGGCUUCUUUGCCGCGCUCACACGGAUCAAAACCGACCCUUCGGUCAUCGUGGGGUACGAGCCAAAGGAAGAAUUUACGGGGGUGAAGGCGGUGGAUCAAAUUUUGGUUACGCUGGUGACGUUUUUUGCUGCUUGGUUGGAUGCUGGGGGCCCGGUGGAGGGAACAUCGUGGGAGGAGACGUGGGAAGGGCCGUGGCUGGUGGGCUUGGUAAAGGGAAGGGAGGGGACGCAGCGGGGAAGGACGUGGGACGUGGAUGUGCCGCUUUGGAUGGCUAUGGUGCAGUUUGCGGGUGCUUGGGCGUUGGUGAGUGUAGAGGGGGCGAGGAGGGGCAAUCAGGGGAGGGUAGUUGGUUGGACUGGGUUCUGGGGUAUGGGCAUGCAAUUAUUGUCAUACACCAUCGCGGGCCCGAUUUACUUCAUCGUCUACUUGGUUACAUCGCCCGUAGCAAGUGGCAGCGACGUGGACGCGCUGGUCGUCGACGGAUGGGAGAUGGCCAUGCUGCCAGUGUGCGUCACAAUGGCCUUCAUUGUUCCGGCGUUCAUGAUGGGAUUACCAAGCAUGCCGCAAGCUGAGCACCAGAAUUGGAUAGCUACCUGGCAGGUGUUUCCCAUUCUGCAGGCUAACCUGAUUUUCUUCCUCAAGAGCUUGUGUGGCUCUUCUGAUGCUGGAGCAGAGGGGAGAAACAGCAGCAGAGUCACGAAUGGGGGGAAAGCGGCCGGCGCAAGCCCGGUGUAUCGAUUCACCAUGAGCCUGUGCAUAGUGGCUCAACUGGCCUUCCUUGCCAUUGCGCUGAUCCCGCCCACUGCUUUGCCAGAAAGCUUGGCUGCCUCGUAUCCGUGGCUCUCGACGAUGUUGAGGGAGGUGAGCAUUGGUUCGGCUCUCCCUAGGGCCCUAUGGAAUCCACCGUCUACCGAUACGGCGAGCCCGAUCCGGAUUACAUAUUUGGCGCCGUUGGCGAAGCACUUUCUUCAGUGGGAUGUGUACAGCGGUAACUUUGCGCUGCUCACCUGGGCUGCAUACCAAUAUUGGACUGCUGGAGUCGGCGGUUUUAAGCGAUUCGGCAAGGCGUUGGGCUGGUUCGUGCUUGGUGGGCCGGUUUCGGCAGCGGCAUAUCUUUUGUGGGAGAGAGAUGAGGCCGUUGUCGAAAGAGAGGAUGAGCGGGGGAGGAGGAGAAGUCGGUAAACGGUGAAGACGGGAGACGGGAGUUUGACCAAGAAGAGACGGACCGGGGCAAGUCGAAGUCGGGGACCGGAAACCAAUGACAAACUCCGAAAUGCGGGGGUUCCGAGCUUGUGGGUCCCCUCACUCACUGCUCCCGCGGCUACGGUGGCCCAAGUCAGGUCUAUGCUCAAUUGAAAAAGUUU